CGCAGUCAGCCGCUGUCCAGUCAGGUGUCUAGCGUUGGGUUCUUGAAAAGAGGCUUCAUGGAGGGGUUCGUUUGUUUUGGUUUGGAGUUUUAGGUGUCUUCUUUCUUUAGUUUGGCGUUAAGGCCGAGAAUUAGAAGGAUUUUGAGACAAUGGUUAAUGAAUCAGAGGCUAAUCAAGGUACACCUGAAAUUGUACAUUCAAAUCAACUGCUCAAGGGAUUGAAUCAACUUCGCCAGCGACAUGAACUGUGUGAUGUUGAACUUUGUGCCGGAAAAAACAGAGUUUCAGCUCAUCGUGUAGUCUUGUCGGCGUGUAGCCCAUACUUUAAUGCUAUGUUCACAGGAAAGCUUCUUGAAAGCCAGAAACAAGUCAUUUAUUUGAAAGAUAUCGACGAAAGUGCCCUUCAUAUUCUAGUCGAUUUCGCCUACACAGGAAAAGCUCAAGUUACACAGGAAAACGUCCAAGUUUUACUGCCAGCUGCCAACAUGCUGCAGUUAAACAGGGUCAAGGAGAUAUGCUGUCACUUUCUCAGCCAACAGCUUCAUCCUAGCAACUGUUUAGGAAUCAGCAAGUUUUCAGACGCGUACUCUUGUCAAAGUCUGCAAAAAAGAUCUAGGAAGUACAUUCAAGAUCACUUCCAAGAAGUUAUCCAGUACGAGGAAUAUCUCCUCUUGUCACCUUGUCAGCUGACGGACCUACUCCGCGACGAUAACCUAAACGUUGUUUCAGAACAAGUUGUGUUCGAAGCAGUUCUAUCUUGGAUUAGGCAUAAACUCCAGGAGAGAAUAUCGCUUCUUGGAAAACUACUUCAGAACGUCCGUUUACCUUUGUUGACGUCGCGUUUUCUUACACUGAGCUACGAGACAAAUGAACUUAUUCGGGCAGAUAGAGCAAGCCAAGUUUUGUUACAUGAUGCUUUAAAUUACAGACAUAUUCAAGGGAAGUGCCCUUCUUUUAGCACCACAGUCAUCCCUCGACGUGCGCCGAAGCGAAUCUUUGCCUUGGGGGGUAAAAAUGGUCUUUUUGCAACUUUGAGUAGUGUAGAAUAUUAUGAACCCGAGAGGGACAAAUGGAUUGAAGUGUCCAGCAUGAAUCUAAGAAGAUUCGAGUUUGGAGCAGCAGUAUUAGAUGGUAAACUGUAUGCUGUGGGUGGCCUGGUGUGUGGUGUUGGUGUCCACAGUGGAGCACCCUUCAGGUACUGUGACAAUGGAAGUGAAUGUUUUGAUCCUGAUACAGGGCAAUGGAGUAGAGUACCUCCUAUGAAUCAGUGUCGCAGCAACCACACAGUGCAACCAUUAGGUGGGUACCUUUAUUCUCUUGGUGGUUAUGAUGGUAACUCUUACCUCAACACAGUGGAGUGCUACAAUAGUCGUACCAAACAGUGGAGUCAUGUGGUGCCAAUGCACUACAGUCGCAGCUGCUUUGCCACAGCAGCAUGUGAUGGAUAUCUUUAUGCUCUGGGAGGAUACGGGCCAUCUUAUCUCCGAACUGUUGAAAGAUAUGAUCCUGCUUCAAAUUCAUGGGAAAUGAUGCCAGCAAUGAGCACCUAUAGAAUUAAUUUUGGUGUUGGAGUUUUGAAUGGAUGUCUUUAUGUUGUUGGCGGUCACAAUGGGGUGUCCCAUUUACGAAGUGUGGAGCGUUUUGAUCCGUUGUCUAGUGAAUGGACUAUGGUGGCACCUAUGAGUCGACCACGAACAGGUCUUAGUGUUGCUGUAUUGAAUGGAUUUUUGUAUUCAGUUGGAGGACAUGAUGGAUCAGGUUACCUCAAUCUUGUUCAGUGCUAUGAUCCAAAUACAAAUACAUGGCACAAUGUCAAAAGCAUGUGUUCAAGUCGUUGUAGUUUUGGUAUAGCGACUCUUUAACUUUUGUUACAAUAAAAUAAAACAUGCAGUGAGAACUCUUUUGUUCUAAUGGACAGAAAAUAAUUAUUAAGAAUUGAUAGCCCUCAAUAAUUCAGUCAUUGGCAGGAUGGUAAAUAUAAUUUUAUAAGCUUUAUUUUUUCUCUGAUGUUUAAUGCUCUUGAUUUAAGACGCUUAAACAAUCCGCAAAUAUUGGAAGUUAAUCAGCCAUAAACUUAAAGUUACAAAGAAAUAAUCUUAGGUUUUAUUCAGCCAAGGAAGGGUUAUUUUGGGUGACAUGAACAUAAAAUAUUAGAAGAAUUCAAGGAUUUUAUUCUUUGACUAAAAUAAUUAUUUACAUUUGAUGUGUACCCAAGCCUGGUGCAGGCAGGCAGGCAGCCAUGUCAGUGGUUGAAACUUUUACAUGUACAGGUCUUAUGGGUAUCAUUGUUAUUACUUGGAAAUCUAAGAAUUGAGGGUGAGCUGACUUCUCUUUCUAAAUUUAGGAGUGGUAGUGAUAUGUUUUAUCUACAGACUGUACCAUGGCCAGCCAGCUGAACUAUUUGUGGUAAUGAUAAAGAUUCUCCUCAGCACAACUGUACAUCAUUGAUUAUGCAUUAACACUCACACUUGUCUGGAAGAAUCCUUUUAUUUUAACAGUACAAAAUCUCAUUAAAUUCUUUUAGUUUAGGGUGUGAAAUAUGUUAAGUUCCUGUUAGUUAUUAGUGCAGCCAUUUCUCUCUGUUUGUUUCUGAAAGACAUAACUUAUGAAAUAAUAUCAACACAAUGUGCUAAUUAACAAUAUUAUUACUUUUAUGAGUGAAGAUUUACUCUCAAGUAAUGAUGAUGUGAAGUUAUCUUGAUGCAAAUAAUGUUUGUAUCACUUUCAUACAAUUUAUUAGGGAUUAUACUUCCUUGUUUUGUUCAUUAUUACUGUCAUGUAAGAUAUUCCUUAAUUAAAAGGCCCUGAAUUUGGUGUAUUUCAUGCUGUCUGUACAUGUUAAUCAUAUGAUCUGCUUGGAGGCAAAGAUUGCUAGUAUCAGAAAUAGUUGAACUUAGGUUAUCUGAUGAAAACAGAAGACCCAUUCUAAUCCAAAUUCCUGCUAAUUGCCAUGCCUACUUCUAGGAAUUGCAAAAUAAGCUCUCUGAUUUUCUUUUUCACUGAUCCACUAUCCAUUUGGAGUUACGUUAAGUUUGUAGUAACUCCAUCAUUUUCACCAUAUUUGUACUAAUUAGAUAUAAUGGCUGCUGAAUUCACAAGUCUUUCUUGGAUUGUAUAUUAGUAGUGCAGUUGAAUGCAGUAAUUGAGACCAUUACAUUCAUACAUUAGGGAAAAAAGUUUGUUUUUAUUGUAACAUCCUAUACCUCAGGUGGCUCUUAAAGAAACUGUCAGGUUUUUAAAAAAAAUUACUCUAAACUUGUGUGUUGGUGAUUGAUAGGUAUUAAUAGUAUCUGUUUUCUUCCAAUACCAAUAAAAUCACCAAUGAAUUCAUCUCA